AAGCAGCAAUGUGACACAGGACCACUCAGACUCUGCUGGUGUCCUUUUCACUCUGCAGCAUGAAGAAUAAUACGGAGUUUGGUAUAAUGCGUUAAACUGCAAAGCUCACUUAACACGCGUGUUUUUUUUCUUCCCGAAAGUAAGCAGUGAGGCAACAAACAUCAUGGUCAACAUCACAAAAGAAAGCUCGAGUAGUUUCUCCAUCCAGAGGCCCGAUCAGAGCUUUGGAUCAUCAGUGUGGAUGAAGUGAGCGCGCUCAGUGAGAAAGCCCGUGAGAGCUGCAGUGAACGACGAGGAAAAAGAAAAGCAGGGACGACUGUUUUCAUAAGCUGCGCUCGGCUGUGGGAGCCAAGUGGGGGAUGUCGAGCCGAAGUGGAGGAGCGCCUCGGGGGUGCAGCAACCCCAGCCUGCAGCCCCUUAGAGCCACAGUCCCAUACCAGCUCCAGAGGGGCUCAGCUCUCCUCAGCAGAGAGGUCAAGACGGCAGACAGAACCACGGCUCGUCCACCAAAACCCACCAUCCGCCGAACUCUUUCUUUGGACGCAAUUGUCGGACCCUAUCUCCAGGGGCAGUGGCCCAAAGAGGCAGACGGGACAGUACUUAGCUGUCUCAAUGAUAAAGCCACACAGACUCCAAGUUCCUGGGCAGAGGAAACCCGGGGAAGACGAAGUGCUGGUGGGCACAAGCGCUCAGCUUCCUGGGGCAGUGCAGAGCACCUAAGGGAGGUGGCCAAGCUGAGACACCAGUUGCAGAAGCGUUCCCGCCAUGCCCCUCCCUCAGCAGGAUGCGAGCUCCCCCACCACCCCCUGCCUGCAGGUCAUGCAGCAGGAGUCACUCAGACGAUGCCACUGAUGCCGCUGAACAGACUUGCUCCACGGCUGCGACGGAGCGUUGAGGGCCUCAACUUAGAGCUGGAGGAAGUGUUUGUGUGUGAAAAACAAGACGAUCAGCAUGAGAUUUUGGAUAUCCCAGAUGGCCACAGAGCUCCCGCCCCUGCCCAGAGAUGCAGCAGUGGCUCUCAGAGUGACCCCUCACCGGGGCCACUGGAUCCUUCCCUUCUUUCUCCUUCUCAAUCCCCUUGUAUUCUUGAUGCGUCACUUCUGACACCUUCAGGUUCACCUUGUCCUUUGAAUCCAUCACUUUUAUCCCCAUCCCAAUCUCCCUGCACCAUGGGAGAGCCAGAGCCUGUGGACUAUGAGAUCUUGUGUCCCUCUCCAUCAGCAUUGCUUCCUUCAUUUGCACUGGAUCCUCCUCUGCUGCAGGCCUGCUCCUCUUCGCCUCGUCCCAACAAAACCUACUCUUUUCAGCGCGAACCGCCAGAAGGCUGUGAGCGAGUUCGAGUGUGUGAGGAAGCAGUCUCUGCCUAUCAGGAUGAGACUCUCCUCCAGUCAUCCUGCCCUGACCCCAAUAAAGUCAACUUCACCCCCCACGGAGGCUCAGCUUUCUGCCCGGUCAGUCUUUUGAAGCCCCUCUUGCCCUCCAUGGACCUCCUCUUUCGUGGCCUGUCGGUAUCUCCCGUCACUGGCUGCUCAGAUCAGGCCUCUCCUACCAGGCACCUGGGCAUGCAGUAGGUGGAUAUCUGAGCAGAAUCUCUCAGGGCUGAACCACAUUGCACUGCCAGGACAAGCAGAAACUGGAUGUGAUAUAUAUAUUUUUUUAAUGCAUCGUGACAAUGGACAGUGUUGCAUCACUGCUGUAACAUGCCAUCAUCACUGUGAUCAAAAUAACCUUUGUGACUGUGAAGAUUUGUUGCUGUCAUACUUUAGAAUAACUGUGGCCUAAAUUCUGCCCGCUUUAUCUUUUGUUUUGGGUUUUUUAAUGUUUUUUUUUCUACCUGCAGGAAGCUUUGAUUCAGCUGAUAUUUACCUCAUCAGCACUUAAACUGUCCUAGUAUUCAACCGUAUGAGGCAUGGAUUAGACUGCAGGAUUUAAGUUGUGGAAAUGCUUGAAAAGCUUUAUAAAUACUUGCGUUUAUUAAAUCAUUCUUUUGCAUUAAAAUUGUUCUAGUUAGAGACCGCAGUCUAGAAGGGAUGCUUUUAUUUUUCAUCUUGAAACGUGAGAAUUUACUGUCAAAAACCCUAGCACUUAUAACACACACUGGUACAGGUAUUGCCUUCUUACUAUCCAAACAAUUGAUGGGUAUUCUAGGUGAGUAUUGUUGAUUUUAGAUAAACAUCCAGCUUAAUUUG